AAUCUACCGUACCUGUUUGUAAUAUUCGCCCCCUCCCUCUUCCACCGGCAGGUUCACUGGUUCUCCAUCUUCAACUCCUUCAUGAUGGUCAUCUUUCUGGUGGCCCUGGUCAGUAUGAUCCUCCUGCGUACUCUUCGUAAAGACUAUGCCAGGUACAACAAAGAGGACGCACUUGAGGACCUGGUAGGUGGUGGACAGCUUUCUCUCCCUGCCAACUGUCUGCUAUUCUAG